UUUACUUCUUUACAGAAGUGAGAGAUUUUAAGCGGGAUCCUCUUGUUCCGGACGAUCUUCUUUAAGCCAUUUGUCUGUUAAAACAAUCCCGUCUGACACUUGAGUCCUGUCCUAUUUGCAAGACAAAAAAGGCAGAAGAAGCUUCAGAGAUUCAGUGUCUUGGAAACGAAUCUUGUAAAUCAAACUGAUAAAACGUUGUUUUCUGCCUGUUUGCAGCAGGUACCUCAUCCUCUUCCACUUAACAAAUUGUCUGGACAUUGUAAAGCUGUUUCAUUCAGAAUUUGAUCAAAAUAAUGUUUUAUGGUCUGUUCCACCACACACAUACACUCACAGGUCCUUGGCAUCAUCACUGAAUUGUCCUCGAUUCAUAAUGAGUUUCUUUUCUUUUUUUUGCGUAUUCCCGCUCCAGUAAAGAUUUUUAAAAUGUUCAGACAAAGGAUGUAGACAACAAAGAGUGCCAGCUCAGUGCUGUUGUCCCACUCCUGCAUGGUUACCAGGCAUCUUGUUGCCCUGCUAUAGUAAGAAAAGUUGUAAGAUGUUUACUAAGACGACAUCGCUGUGGUAGGCGGUGACAUGCGUGUUACCUUGGACUCCCCUCAGUUCUCCUAUUCAUGUGCGGAAUCUCAUUGUUGGUGGGAACAUCAUUCAAGCGGGUGUUUUAAGGCCAGAUGGGAGGCUCCCACUUCAUUACAGCCGUGUUUCGAGGGUCGGAGUUAGAAGAUAGAGGUACUACGUCUUGGUGGUGACAGUGAGUCCACAGAAAUAGUCACCCAGAAGAUUCACAGAGGUUCGAGGAAAGAGGGGCCAAAAGGUAGUGGAGUUUCUGAGCUGAGAGAGAAAGCAGAGAGAGAGUCUGGAAAAUGGCACCUGCCACUUUGUUUUUUUCCUGGUUACUCUUCACCUUGAGGAUGGUCAUGCCAGCAGAGCUUGAGGAGGAGGAGCUCAAUGAAACUGUUGUUUGCACCAACGACCACAUGGAGGUUAUUAUUCCCAGCGCUUUUUUCCUCAACAAAGUGCCUCCAGUUCAUGUUUGGGAUUUGCAUUUAAAUGAUCCCGAGUGCCGCGGCGUUGAGGUCGGAGACGACUAUGUUUUCAGCAUAAAGACAAAUCUUUCAGACUGUGGGACUAUAAUGGCCUCAGACGACACACACAUCAUGUUCAUAAACGCCAUACACAACAACGACUCGGACGUCAUAACGAGGAACUACAUCAACAUCACGUUUGUGUGCCGCUAUCCCAACAACUAUUUGGUCCAACAACCCAACGGCGACAACAUGGUCAGAGUGGAUGUCAGAACAAUAACUCUAAACACAGAGGACGGGAACUUCUCCGUGUCCAUGUUGCUGUACAAGGACGAAGCCUUUGAGGACAGGUGGACGACUGUGCCGUCACUGACUCUGGACGAUGACAUCUUUGUGAAGGUUUUCAUGAUCCCGGCUCACCUGAUGCUGCGUAUCGAGAGGUGCUGGGCGACGCCAACCAGUGAUCCAUACAGUAAUAUACAGUACACCUUCAUCAGAGACAGCUGCCCGGUGUUGAUAAACCAACAGACCCUGCGUGUCCUGACGAACGGCCUCGGCCCCGAGGCCAUGUUCAGGAUACAAAUGUUUAAGUUUGUCGGCAGCUCUUACACCAACGUCUUCCUCCACUGCAACGUCCAGAUCUGUCACAACACCCCUGGACUGUGUCAGCCUAACUGCAACAAUGAAGAUGUAUCAGUGAGGAUGAGGAGAGAUGUCCCUCUGUCCCAUACAGUGUCUUAUGGACCAAUCAGACGACUACUGGACAACAAUGAAAAGCCCAAUAUGAAUGCGGGCGGAGUCCCUCCCGUGGCGACCUUUGUUCUUGGAGGGCUGCUGGCCGUCCUGCUGCUGAUCACAGGAGUGUUUGGGAGGCUGUGGUUGCGCUCGAGACGCUUCUACCCGGCACGAGAAGCGCAACUCACUCUGUCCAACAUUCACCACAUCUCAGAGGUGGCCUCAUGAACCGUGGGAUGAGGGGCUUUCCUGAGCAGACACAUGGACAAACAAACACAGAGAGACACAUGUACAAAUGUAAACACAUAAGCAUAGGUGUGAUAUAUAUGACAAUAUCAAUGCGCUCACAUUGUCUUUCCUUUUAUAGAUUGAAUUGUUUAUGUUGUUUUCCUAUUUCCUAUUGAACCUUUACCCAGCGGUGAAAAUAAAAGCUCCUUUACUUGA